CAAUCAGGGAAUAGUAUCUUUUCUCGUAUUUACUGUUUGACUGUGUGUGUUACUCUAACACACCCAAUAUAAAAUAAAUGGCACUUAUACCAUAGUUUAAAGAAAACAAGCAGAAUAUAGGGCAUAAGAGAGACAUGACGCCUUCUUAUCACGGAAGCCCAACGUGUGCGUCGUGUAGCUGACUAAGCAAGAUUGACGCUGACUACCAGGUGAUAGGCAAGACACCCACGUAGGUUCUUCCAGACAGUUCAGAACAGAUGGUGGGACGUCCUGUCCCAACACAAGGAACACCAGAGAACGCCAAAUAUCCAACUAAUAACAUGACUGAUAAGACUCCAAGAGCCCCUUUGACACUGAGGUGGGAAAAAUAUCCAACAGCCAUUGCCCCAUUAAAGGUGACACAGCAACUAUGACGCACGAACAAAACAGCACAAACUGUGAAAGAAGAUUACCCUAAACACACCCCUCUUCCUGCCAACGGCCUGCCCCGCGAAAGCCUUCAAAAGACAUUGUUUAACUAAGCAUUGUCAUUUUUUUCUCGGGAACCUUUUGUUGACUUGUGUUAUGGUGACUCUGAAUCCUCGCCUGGGUCACUCUGUGCUGUAUGAUUGCUGUCGACUCAGAAUAAAUUGUUAACUUGUGCUUCGAACCCUUGUUCCAGCUUUCAAAAUGGAGUCAGUACAAGGGGUUAAGACUAAGGUGAACAAUCGGUGUUUGGCCUUCUGGCCGGGUUGUCGGAUUUUUGCCAGACCCGCGCUGGUUCGGCUGGCGUGAUUCCGGCAAUCUGGCCAAAAGGUCAGAUUUCUUCAAUUGUCUUAUCUUAACUCAUCGGCUGUCAUGUGUUUCACUUUGCUUGAUGACAUAAUUAGAGGCAGGUAAAGUAGUCAAAUAUUUGACCCAAGUAAGAGUAGUGUUACUUCAAAAUAAUAUUACUGAAGUAAAAGUAUUCCUCCAAAAAAUAAGUACCGUAAUUUUCGAAAUAUAAGCCGCUACUUUUUCCCCCUCAUUCUAGUCCAGCGUGGCUUAUUUCUUUGAUUUAUUUGUGUUAAUAGGUAACACUUUAUUUGACAGCGGUGUCAUAAGACUGCUAUAAGGCCAUCAUAAUAAUGACAUGACCCUAUCAUGGCCAAUGCUUAUGACGGUUGUCAUUUAGUUCUAUCUGGCAAAUUAUGUCACUAACUCCAUUUAUGUCCAGCUGGGAUCUUUUACAUCCAUUCAAAAGUGACACAAUUUGCCAGAUGACACAAAAGGACAUCUGUCUUAAGCAUUAAUUAAUGCUCAUGGCAGUGUCAUGUAGUAGUUAUGAUGGUCUUAUGACAGUCUUAUGGUGCCACUGUCAAAUAAAGUGUUACCAAAAACCAAAACUAGCAAUUCAUGAAACAGCUAGAACAGUAACUGAAGAAAUAAUUAGCACAGAAAAGUAUUUUUGAUUGUAAUUUACAUCUGCAGUGCUGCAAUGCAUGCUAGGAGGCAUGUUGGGCAUCAAUACUGUUGGCAGCAGGUGGCAGCAGAGGUUGACUGUCUCCCCCAAGGGAGCAGUGAUAGCCAAAUGAAGCUUCUUAAAGCAAUGCAGCCAGUUGAUUCGAAGCCAAAUGGGGUUAAGUUGGUCUUAUGACAGUCUUACGAUGCCGCUGUCAAAUAAGGUGUUACUAGUUAAUAUCUUUUGGUGUAAAUAUCCCAUGAUACAGUGAGGACAGCUCCGGCUUACAGUCCAGUACAACUUAUCUAUGAACAAAUGCCGUUUUCGUGUCAAAUUUGGUGGGUGGCGGAUUAUAAAACAAUAAUGAAAACAAUACUCAAGUAAUGCGUAACUGCUUUUUUCUCAGCACAACUUCAUUUAUAUGAGCUGUUAUUAUAAUAAUGUGCUAUCACCUAUUACAUGGCCAAAAGAAUAUCCAAAAAGCAUCCAAUUCUGACAAGAAAUACCUACAGAAAUUAAAAUUCAACUGUCCAAAGAGCAUGAGUGCCCUGUAGUGGAGAAAAAUUUCCUAUCGUGAAAUUAAAACGAUCAUAUCUCCGGUUUUCCAUGUUCUAUUAGUGCCAAAUAAAUUUUUUUUUUUGCACUUUCAAGUCGGGUUGUUCCGAUCAUGUUUUUUUGCUCCCGAUCCGAUCAUGAUCGUUUUAGUUUGAGUAUCUGCCGAUCCCGAUAUUUCCCGAUCCGAUUGCUUUUUUUUUUUUUUUUUUGCCCCCGAUUCAAUUCCAAUCAUUCCCGAUAAUUUUUCCCGAUCAUAUACAUUUUAGCAAUGCAUUAAGAAAAAAAUGAAUAAAACUCGGACGAAUUGUUACGGAUGGGGAGUAAUUUUUCCUUUUGUUCAGGUAUGUGUUUUUCCUUUCACUUUGUACUGGUUGAUGUUGGUUUUCACCUGUAUUUUUCAUUUGCAGUAGUUUCCACCUGUGAUCUCAGAAGGCCUCCACAGCUGGAACCACUUCCUCAUUAGUCAAUCAUCCAAUCAUCUGUUCGUCCUGCCACUAUAUAAGUUGAAUUGUUUGCUUGGUUCAGGAGAGGCGGUGGCAGCUCUCACUUUGGUUGUAUUGGUUUGUUGAAGCCUGUUAUGUUUUGACUUUGAUUCUGUUUGUGAAGUUUGCUUUCUGCCACUUGUUUAUUAAUGAUCUCUUUUGUCUUUUUCUUUAGGUUGGCGCAGAGCACAGAGGUAGGGACUUUAGUUAUACACCUGCAGGUCUACAUCGUGUCUCCCACCUCACGUAGGUACCAACUCUCUGUAUUAGUCCAUUAGAUAGAGCGGCAACACCACCCAUGUAUUUUGGGGCACAAUAGGUGCCUGUCACUGUAGUGUUUUAGUUUGGGGGUUGUUUUGGGUUCUAGGUUUAGUUGGGGUUUUUGAACUGUUUAUUUGGUGUUUGCUGCAUAGUGCAGGGGGUUGGGUAAAUGUUUGUGUGCUCUGUGUCCAUUGUUUCUUUUCUGUUAAAUAAACUUUUUAUUUGCAAUUUUGACUUGUCACUGCCUCCUCAUUGCACACCUGCCGUCUUAUGUUACGCCGCGGCCCCUGACCACCAGGGGUACUCGUAACAUUUGGGGGCUCGUCCGGGAGCUUUGUGGUUCCGCGGAGGCGGCAGGUGUGUUGGUGUGCAGUGGCAGUCGGAUUGCGAGUUUUGUUUAUUUAACUUUACUUUUUUUUGGUAAUUCCCUGCGCGCCCUGGUAGACAAUGGCCACGGGGUUUAGUGUUGAGGGUUUCUUGGCGGAUCCCACAGUGGGGCAACUGGACCAAUGUAGGAAAGCGGAUUUUUGUUCGAUCGGUGCGCAUUUUGGAGUUGAGCUCCUAAUGUCUAAAACUUGGGCUCAGCUGAAGGCGUCGGUCGUUGAUUUGCUGGUAAAAGAGGGCGUGUCUAUUGAGGGGGUAGAGGGUCAUUCGGAUUCUCAGGAGGAAAUUCCUCCCGUUUUUCGGGCUGUGAGGAGUGAGACUCCUCCCACUAGCCCUAGGUCCUCCUUAGAUGGAGCCGGUUCGUCCCCUCGGUUAAGGGUUCGCUUAGCUCGUUUGAAGCUUGAAAAAGAGGAGAGGGACCGUGAGCUCGAGUACAAACAUCAGCAGGCCAUGUAUAAAUUAGAACUCGAGGCUAGAAAUGCUGUCCGAUUGAAGGAAUUGGAACUGGAAAUUAAAAGGCUUGAUGUAACGUCGGGAACUAAUUUGGUCGCAACUCAGGGUGAUAAUUCAUCACCGAAGCCAUUUGUCGCUAGUCGGCAAAUUGGUCUCGUCCCCGAAUUCCGAGAGUCGGAGGUGGAUGAGUAUUUUGAGACCUUUGAACGAAUAGCCACAGCUUUUAAAUGGCCACCAGAGGCGUGGGCGCCCUUGCUACAGAGCAAGUUGAUUGGGAAAGCUCGCGAUGUAAUGAAUAAAAUGCCUUUGAGGGAUAGCAUGACGUAUGCUACGCUAAAAGAGACUGUCCUGCGUUCAUACAGCCUCGUUCCUGAAGCGUAUAGACAGCGUUUCCGUGUUCACAGGAAGGCCCCGGAAAAAACCUUUGUCGAGUUUGCUAGUGAGAAGCAGACUCUGUUCAAUCGUUGGUUAAAGGCGAGUGAAGUCACGGAUUUUAAGUCUCUUUGUGAUUUAAUUUUGAUGGAGGAUUUUAAAAAUAGUCUAUCGGAUCGGUUGGCUACUUAUUUAAAUGAGCAGAAGGUCACUGAUGUGUCCGAGGCAGCUGUGCUGAUAGAUGAGUAUGUGAUUACUCACCGACACCACAUUGACAAAAAAGAUGACUUUGAGAAACGGGACAAAAGUAAAUCGAGUUUUAAAAGCCGGUCUUGGUCAGGGCGGGGGUCGUCGCCUCCUUCGGCAGAACGUCGCUGUUUUCUUUGUCAUAAAAAUGAUCAUUUAAUAGCCAACUGUCCAGAGCGGAAAAAUGAUGACUGUAAGGCUGAAUCUUCCCCGAUUGGGUUAUGCGCUGUGCGCUCUGAACCGGUUCGAGUACAUGAAGGUGGGGGUUCCUCUUACGAACCUUUUAUGCUCGACGGUUGUGUUUCUAUAGGUUCGGGCAAAAAGUGCUCGGUUCGCAUCCUUCGUGACACCGGAGCAGCGCAAUCUUUUAUCUUGAGUGAUGUAUUGCCUUUUAAUGAAGAGUCUUCAUGUGGCUCGAGUGUAUUGGUCCAAGGAAUUGGAAUGGAGUACCUCUCUGUACCUUUACACUGUGUAAACUUGUCUUGUGAUCUCUUGGCAGGCACGUUUUCGGUGGGGGUUCGCCCAUCAUUGCCGAUGCCAGGCGUCACUUUUCUGUUGGGGAACAACAUCGCUGGUGGUAAGGUCACAUCGGUGUUGGAAGUUGUGCAGCAACCUGAGUCGCAACCAGACGAAUUGGGGCAGGCGUACCCUGAUGUGUUUCCGGUCUUCGUCGUCACUCGUGCACAAGCGAAAAAGCUGGGUACUGAGGUUGAUUUCUCGAACACCUUUUUGGCGGCCGGAUUGGUUAACCCCGAGAGGAGUACGACUAAUGAGUCUGUGUUAGAAGGAUCAGCGUUUGAUGUAGUUUCUUUAAAAAUGACUCGCGAUGACCUUAUUGCUGCGCAAAAAUCUGACUCCAGUCUAACCAAAUGUUUUGAGGCUGUUCAGCACCCGCAUGACCUAAUGAAUAAGGAUGCAAAGUAUUUUAUGGAGGACGGGUUGCUUAUAAGAAAGUGGAAGUCUCGGUUGGACACAGAUUUUAGCAUUGUUCAAGUGAUUGUCCCUGUACGUUACCGCCAUGCAGUCUUGUCGUUGGCUCAUGAAAAUGCAUGGGCGGGUCAUUUGGGGGUGACAAAAACAUACGAUCGUGUAUUGGAACAGUUUUUCUGGCCAGGUUUGAAAAAGGAUGUUGUGCAGUAUUGCCGAACGUGCCAAGUGGUGGGGAAGCUGAGUCAGGUGCCUAAACCAGCCCCUCCUACAUCCUAUCCCUGCGCUGGGCGAAGCAUUCGAACAUAUCCUUGUCGAUUGCGUCGGCCCGCUACCCAUGACGAAGAGGGGUAAUCAAUAUUUACUCACUAUGAUGUGUGUAGCGACAAGAUAUCCUGAAGCCAUACCACUCGGGGAAAAAUAACAUCGCAGUCUGUAGUCAAGGCUCUGAUCAAGUUCUUUUCUACUUUUGGGCUGCUGAUAUUGGUACAGACUGAUCAGGGUACCAAUUUCCUUUCUGGUGUUUUUGAGCAGGUGUUAACAACAUUGUCUCACACAUCGAAUCCUCAGUUAUGUGAGCCGGUUUCGUGAGCUGCUACGCAGCGUAUGUAGUUUGGCCAAGGAGUGUUUGUCGGGAGUGCGGAGCGACAUGGUAUGAGUAUAAGUCUGUCGUUCGUUUGGGCCGGGUGACCAGGUACUGGUCUUGUUACCUGUUCCAGGUUCUUCAUUGUCUGACGACUGUGUUGAUACAGUGGCUCGGCACUUUGCGUGGGAGAGGUGUCGACAAGGUGUUCGCGGAUGCCCUGUCUCGGUGUGGUCAGUAGCAGGGUUUUUAUUUAUGAUGGCAUCUUUGUUGUUGGUACGUGCCGGUUUUGGUUACUUCUCUGUUGCUGUGCUACCCUUCUGAAAUUUCGCUUGCAUUGGAUGGAUGGGCUAUUCCGGAUAGGCCUGUUUAUCAACUGGAAGUUGAUAUUUUAGGGGGGGAGUGUUACAGAUGGAGAGUAAUUUAUCUUUUGUUCAGUAGUUUCCACCUGUGAUCUCAGAAGGCCUCCACAGCUGGAACCACUUCCUCAUUAGUCAAUCAUCCAAUCAUCUGUUCGUCCUGCCACUAUAUAAGUUGAAUUGUUUGCUCUGUUCAGGAGAGGCGGUGGCAGCUCUCAUUUUGGUUGUCUUGGUUUGUUGAAGCCUGUUAUGUUUUGACUUUGAUUCUGUUUGUGAGGUUUGCUUUCUGCCACUUGUUUAUUAAUGAUCUCUUUUGUCUUUUUCUUUAGGUUGGCGCAGAGCACAGAGGUAGGGACUUUAGUUAGACACCUGCAGGUCUACAUCGUGUCUCCCACCUCACGUAGGUACCAACUCUCUGUAUUAGUCCAUUAGAUAGAGCGGCAACACCACCCUUGUAUUUUGGGGCACAAUAGGUGCCUGUCACUGUAGUGUUUUAGUUUGGGGGUUGUUUUGGGUUCUAGCUUUAGUUGGGGUUUUUGGAACUUUUAUUUGGUGUUUGCUGCAUAGUGCAGGGGGUUGGGUAAAUGUUUGUGUGCU